AUGACGAUGAAGCUGGACCUUCCCAACGUGUCGACGAUGGAACUAGACCGUCACAACCACAAACGCAACCGGAUCACGAACUCGUCGAAUGGCGGUAGGGAGGACGACGAAGACAAAGGAGGAGGAGGAGAGUUCUUGGAUGAUCGGCUGGUGAAGGGCGGGGUUAAGGCGGAGGCGGAGGUCGUCUCCGUCAAUUUGGUUUAUUUUAAGGCCGGGACGCCGUCGCCCACGGUGAGUGCUUGUGGGAGCCAGUUUGAGCUGGUGAAGGGCGGGGUUAAGGCGGAGGCGGAGGUCGUCUCCGUCAAUUUGGUUUAUUUUAAGGCCGGGACGCCGUCGCCCACGCCUUAUUUGCUUUCAAGGAGCCAGUUUGAGCUGGUGAAGGGCGGGGUUAAGGCGGAGGCGGAGGUCGUCUCCGUCAAUUUGGUUUAUUUUAAGGCCGGGACGCCGUCGCCCACGGGUUUUGUGAUGAAUAUGCAACCUUCAGAAGCCGAGGCAGGAUUUGAUAUUCGCAUUCCUCCUACAGAAGAUCCUGAUCUCCUGAAGAAAAGAAUUGAUGAGGAAUGGGCACCAGCUACUAGGAAUUUGACUUACCAGUUGAUACAGCAAGGACCAGUAACGGAUAUUACAGGGCGUCCUCUAAUAACCACAACAGAUGACUCUAACCCAUGGUGGUCUGCUUUCAAAGAAGCUGUCAUAGCUUCUGGUGGAAAACUUCAAAAGCCUGAAAUUUUAAGAUCAACAACAGAUGCUCGGUUCAUGAGACAGUUGGGCAUACCAACUCUUGGCUUUUCACCAAUGGCUAAUACCCCAAUAUUACUUCAUGAGCAUAAUGAGUUCUUAAAUGAUACUGUUUUUCUGAAAGGAAUCAAAGUCUAUGAGCAUGUUAUCAGAGCCUUGAGUUCCUUACCCGCUUUUGAAAAACCCCAGGAUGCUUCUGUCUGAGGUUUAUGCCUAUUAAACUUCAAUCAGGUGAACUUUUAUUUUCUUCUUUUUUGUCGUCAAUGCAUUUGUCGAGUGCAGGUUACUUGUACUAUUACUUCAUGUACAUUGGCUGGCUGAAAACAUAUUAUAUAUCUUUAAUACCCUGUAAGUAUGAUUGCUGGGGUCAAUUUACUAUAUUUGUCACUAUUGUCUUGUUUGGUUCUUGUAUUCUUAUCCUGUAAGAAAAUUAUGGAAAUAAAUUUAGUUCAGUUAUUUAAACGUUCA